CAAACUUUUGAUUCAAUAAAGUCAUAAUAAUAAUUGAGGCUGCGCCGCCAAUGGCAACAAUAAAUUUCUUUGUGCGCACUGCAAGCUUACAACAAUUAGGAAUUUAGGAUUCCUUCAACUCUUCAAGUCCAGCCACAACCAAAAAAAAAAACAUUCACUGAAAAUGGAAGGACAAAAUUGCAGUGAAACUGAAAACCAAAAUCCUCAAAUUGUAGUGGUGAUGGUGCCACUUCCCAUGCAAGGCCAUCUAAACCAACUCCUCCAUCUUUCUCACCUCGUUACCUCUUUCGGUAUACCGGUUCAUUUUGCUGGAUCCGCGACCCAUAAUCGCCAAGCAAAGCAACGUCUCCAUGGUUGGGACCAUGAUAGUUUAACUAAAAUCCAUUUCCAUGACUUCCAACUCCCUCCCUACACCUCACAUCCUGCUCCUUCUAAACCCGGCCACUCUAUUCCGUAUCCUACUCACCUCUAUCCACUUUUCGAGGCUGCUGCACAGCAUCUCCGUGAGCCUGUUUCUCAACUCGUGCAUCAACUGUCAACUAUGUUCAGGAGAGUCAUUGUAGUUCAUGAUAUUGUAAUGUCUUCAGUAGUCCAAGAUGUAAUAUCUAUCCCAAAUGCUGAGCUCUACUGUUUGAUUCCUAUUUCUGCUUUUACCCUUUUCUUUAAUUUCUGGGAAAAAUUAGCUGAGAAACCUUUUCAGCUAGAUUCAACAGAUAUCCCGGAAUACCUUCCCUCCAAUGAAGGGUGCACUCCACCAGAGAUAGCAAGGUUUUCGACAAAUCAAAUUAAAUUGCUGAGGCCGGAAACCGGAUGGAUCUACAACACAUCCAGACCGGUAGAGGGCAAAUAUGUUGAAUUGUUUGAGAAGCUAUCACCAAAUGCUGAGAGAAAACAUUUUGUACUUGGACCUUUUAAUCCAGUAGAGUUUAAUAGCAGAAGUGGAGAACAAAGACAUCAGUGUCUAGAAUGGCUGGAUGAUCAAGAGCAAAAUUCGGUGAUAUACGUAUCUUUUGGAUCAUCAACAUCACUGAGUUACGAGCAGAUCAGGGAAUUGGCAAUAGGGUUGGAAAGAAGCGGGCAAAAGUUUGUAUGGGUAAUUAGAAACUCAGAUUCAGUUGAUGUUUUUGCAGAAGGUGAGAAGAGAAGACCUCAGCUACCAGAAGGGUAUGAAGAGAGAGUGAAAAACAGAGGAAUUGUGGUAGCAGACUGGGCGCCGCAGCUAGAAAUUCUAGCCCAUCCGUCAACAGGUGGGUUCAUGAGUCACUGUGGGUGGAACUCGUGUAUUGAGAGUAUCAGCAUGGGAGUGCCCAUAGCAGCAUGGCCUAUGCAUUCUGACCAGCCAAGGAACACUGUUUUGGUAACAGAUGUUCUAAAAAUAGGUACACCGGUGAGGGAUUGGGCACACUGUGAUCAGUUGGUAAUGUCAAGCACUAUAGAGAACGCAGUUAGCACAUUGAUGGCUACAGAGGAAGGACAGCAGAUGAGGAAAAGAGCGACUGACCUUGGUCAUGCUGUUCGAGGAUCACUUGCUAAAGGUGGUGCUGCACAUUCAGAAAUGUGUUCUUUCAUAGCUCAUAUCACCAGAUAAUCAUCUACCUAAACAUGCUUCAGCAAAAGAAAACAUGGAUAAUUCUAUGAGGACAUGUUUAUUCAUCAAUGAAUGUCUUAAUUUAGUUUUCUUGAUCAUGGUAUUGGUAUCUGGUUAAUUAAACUCAUAAAAUGCCAGAAAGGUUGCAGUCUUUUUUUUCCA